AUGGCCCGUCUCCAAGGAGCGUUGAAACCCUCCACUUCGGUCCGGUCGUUACAACAGUCGUCUCUCGCCGGCGCUUCAAGCGCUGAUGCUGUAAUUGCUGCUUCGGUGGCACCCACGACUGAGGUUUCGCCGUCGACCCCUGAGGUCUCUGUAGAUCUGAGUUUGGGUCACCUACCACUACCGCUAGCUCCUGUUCUUGAGUUUGGCAAUUCAUCACCUCUCACGCCAUGUGAGCUUGACGUUACCCCUACAGUAUCGGAGGAGGUAACUCCUGACGCUACAAUAGAGGUUUCCCUUCCAAUCCAGGAAGUGGUUAGUAGAGACAUCCCUCAUGGAGCCCUGCAGAAGGCUGCUACCCUAGGGGAGUACUCUGGAACUAAGAGCUACGCCAGUUUAGUCAAGGACUUUGCGACUUUGGAAGAGCUAGGAACACCCUCUGAACACGUAUCGGGAGUACCUUUCGUUCUUAUCCCGGAUGAAAAUAUAGAAUCAGCUAAGGAGGAGUUUCGUGAUUACAUCUUCGCUAGAUUCCACGGGGACUGGCCUUCCAUGGGUCGUAUAAUCGGUGUUGUUAAUGCCGUAUGGGCUAAGACAGGGCCGCGAAUCUUUGUCCACAUGGAAGCUCCGAUUACAAGUGCGGUGGUUCCAGUAGAGCUAAGGGGAGUCCCUUACUUGCUGUUCAACAAGGAGAGUUUGAGUCGGCUGGCCACAGCAGUAGGCAAACCUGUGUCUUUGGCUCCGGAAACAGAGCGGAAGGAAAACUUUCAGGUUGCAAAGUUAUUUGUGCGUGUGGAUCUCACACGGGAGCUCCCCUCAAAGAUGAUCUCUGGGUUUUCAAAUGGGAAAGAAAAUGAGAUAACUAUUUCUUACCCUUGGCUCCCACUAAAGUGUAAUGCUUGUGGUAAAUAUGGUCAUCUCAACACCAAGUGUCGUGCCCUGCCUCGUAGUAACAAGGAAGGCAGAAGACGUUCUCCUAGUCCAACGAAUGAGGAGGAUAAGGGGAGGAAACAGUCUAGGCAAGGACGUCGUAGGAGAGGAGGUAAAGCUGGUACUCACAACAAGGAGCGAUCGGUAGAUGGUGAUGCGAAGAAGGGUGUCACAUCCUCUCAGGGUUUGGAAGAUGGUGAAAUACCUCCUGAGGAGCAUACAGAGGACACCACUGUAACAACUCCGGUUAGGGAGAAUGGCAUUCCUGAAUCAUCUGAUAAGACUGUCCCACCGGAUAUCUCUAUUCAGAAAUUCCCACCUGCGCACGACUUGAUUACUUCUUCGUAUGAGUCAGGUCCAUCCUCGGGGGUCCCUAGUGCUGAGGCAGACGGCUCAGAUGAGCAUGAAGCCCCGUUUUUGCUGGAAAGAAAUUCACAACGGAUUAAUAAUGCUCUCCCUAUAGGAUGGAGCUUUUUCGGCAACUAUGAUCAUCAUCUCUCGGGUCGAAUAAUUGUUGUUUGGGACCCGUCUGUUCGAGUCUUCAUCUACAAGUCUUCUGCUCAGGUUGUUACUUGUGGGAUUUAUCUUAUGGCGGAAAAUGUGAACUUCACGGUCUCUUUUGUUUAUGGGUUCAACACUGUACUCGAGCGUAAAAACUUAUGGGAAGAGAUGGUCUACAUACAUGAUUCCACUCCGGUUGUUAACUCUCCUUGGUCGGUGCUGGGAGACUUCAACCAAAUCUUUCGUCUAAGCCAGCACUCUGAUUACCCUCUCUCAGUUAUUGAUCCAUCAGGUAUUGAUGAUAUGGUUGCAGCUUUGCAGGACUCUGAGCUCUUCGAAUGUCAAGCGAAAGGCCUCCCUUUCACUUGGUGGAAUAACAGUGGCUCCAACCCUGUCUCCAAAAGAAUUGACCAUGCUCUUAUCAACCACUCGUGGGCCGCUUCAUUUCCGGAUUCAUACGCAGACUUUCUUCAGCCAGAUCAGUCUGAUCAUGCGCCUUGCCUUCUCAGGGUUCCCUCAAUCAGUAGACGUAUCCGCAAGCCUUUCAAAUUUUAUCACCAUCUUACUGGCCAUCCUGACUACUCUUCUGUUGUCUCAGACGCGUGGUCAAAUGCUGAAGUUCAAGGAUCUGAGCAGUUUAAAUUGGUCCGACGAAUGAAGCUUCUUAAGACAGAUCUGAGGAACUUAAAUAAAACGCACUUUAGUGGCAUCACAGGAAGGGUAAAGCAGCAGUCUGUGAGGGUAGCGAACCUGCAGCAAAGUCUUCUCACCUGCCCGGACCCAGCUACUGCCUCUGAGGAGCACCGUCAGCGUGAUAUCCUUAACACCUUACUCAAUGCUGAGCAAAAGUUCUUCAGGCAGAGGUCGCGUGUUCGCUGGGCUGAUGUGGGAGACAGGAAUACACCUUUCUUUCAUAAAACGGUAGCACAAAGGAAUAAUAGCAACCACAUCCAUUAUCUGAUAGAUGAGUCUGGCCAGUUCCUGGGGUCCAUCGAUGAUAUAAAGGCGCACUCAGUCUCUUAUUUCCAGGAUAUCCUUGGCCACACAGAGCUUCCUGUCUCACCAGUUCCUCUAAAUGCUUUGGAAGAUUUGCUCUCCUUCAGAUGCUCGGACCUACAGAAAGCUUACCUGAAGAGAGAUGUCCUGGAAACUGAGAUCAAAGGUACUAUCUUCUCCAUGCCCCUAAACAAAAGCCCAGGUCCCGAUGGCUAUUCUUUUGAGUUCCUUAAAGCAUCGUGGGAUACUGUUGGAGGGGAUGUGAUUGCUGCGGUUUCUGAGUUUUUUCGUAAUGGCCGAUUGCUGAAAGACCUAAACACCACAGCUAUUGUUCUCAUUCCUAAGACCACUACUGCUUGUAGCCUUCGGGACUACCGGCCGAUAAGCUGCUGCAACAUUGUGUAUAAGAUCAUCACCAAGAUAAUCGCCAACAGGCUCAAGCCGAUUCUCAAGAGUUCGAUAAGUCGUGCUCAGUCGGCUUUUCUUAAAGGGCGCAGCUUGGGUGAAAACGUCCUUCUUGCAGCUGAGCUGAUCCGCAAGUUCUCUGUGGCCAUUAAUGGUGAGUUUGCAGGUUUCUUCCCGGGGAAAAAGGGGCUGCGUCAAGGUGAUGCAAUCUCGCCGUACCUCUUCAUUAUGGUGAUGGAAGUACUGUCAAAACUGCUUGAACGAGCUGCUGCUGCUGGACAUUUUCGCCUCCAUCCUCGGUGUUCUGAGCCUAUAGUCACGCAUCUGCUUUUUGCUGAUGAUCUUCUUGUGUUCACUGAUGGGUCAAGGCACUCUAUCUCCGGUGUUAAGAACGUGAUGGCAGGGUUUAAAGACUGGACAGGUCUGGAUAUAAAUGCUGAAAAAUCUGAAAUUUUCUUUGGUGGGUAUCUAGAUAUUGAGGCUGCUGUCAUCAGUGACAUCUCAGGUUUCAAGCGUGGUAAAUUCCCAACUCGGUAUCUAGGCCUACCGCUAUGCCCUAAGAAGAUCAGUUUUGCGACGCUGCAGCCUUUUCUUGAGCGAAUAACUGCCAAGCUAAACAAUUGGACAGUUAAAUGCCUCUCCUAUGCCGGCAGGAUCACUAUGAUCUCAUCCGUCAUUUAUGGAAUGGUAAAUUUUUGGAGCUCGGUCUUCACACUGCCAAAGAGGUUCUAUGCUAAGGUUGACUCCUUCUGUGCGUCCUUCCUCUGGAAAAAUAAGACUACAUCGGCUUCGGGGGCUCGAGUUAGCUGGGACGAUAUAUGUAAACCGAAGAAUGAGGGCGGAUUAGGAAUCAGGAAGUUGGAAGAUUUCCAAUCAGUCUUCCAGCUGAAGAGGGUUUGGAAUUUUUUCUCUGAGGCAAGCUCUUUAUGGGUUGCUUGGCUCCAGCAUAAUGUCUUCGCGGGGUCAUCUUUUUGGACUGCUGAAACUUCUACUACUUUCUCAUCUACGGUCAACCAAAUGCUGAAGCUGAAGCCGAAGCUAAAUGCCUUAAUGAGAUGCAAUUUAGGGGAUGGGAAGUCUGUUAGCUUCUGGUUUGACUGGUGGACUGAUCUUGGUCCCCUAAUCUCUGUGUGUGGCAGGAGAGGUACUAGGGACCUUCGUAUUCCCAUUGACGCUACUGUUAGUGCUGCUGCACCUAAUGGACACUGGUCUCUUCCACCGGCGAGAUCCGAUGAAGCUGAAACCUUGCAGGUGGUUCUCUCAACGAUGCAGCCACCAUCAUCUUUGCGCGGAAAGGAUUGUUUCCUUUGGCGGAGUGGUGCUCACUCUUUUCUGCCCAAGUUCUCUUCUAAAGCUACUUGGAACUUUGUAAGACAACCCUCCCCUCUGGUAUCGUGGUAUAAACUUAUCUGGUUCAAAGAAGAGAUUCCCCGCUGUUCUUUUGUCUCUUGGAUGUCAGUUUUAUCAAGGCUGCCUACUAGAGAUAGGCUCAUCUCAUGGGGAAUGCAGGUUCCUCCGGUGUGUCCCCUAUGUUCUCUGGACCAUGAAUCGCACGCUCAUAUGUUCUUCUCCUGCUGCUUCUCAACUGCAGUUUGGUCUCACUUCACGGGCUGGUUGCUCCCUACCACUCCGGAUUCACUCGCCUCUUUGGAAACCACCAUUGCUCUGCCACAUAUUGCUUCCUGCUCGGGUGCUGUGUCUGUUAUUAAACUUUUGAUGCAGGUCAUCGUCUACAGCCUGUGGAGAGAGAGGAACGUCCGUAUCUUUAAGAAUGUUUCCUCUACCGCAACGGCGAUCGCCAAGUAUGUUGAUCGUUCUAUGAGGGAUCGUCUCUUGUCCUUAGCCCCUCCAGCUGAUGGCCACGACACGCUCCUCCUGCUCUACCUUUCCAUCAGACGUCUCUUUCCACCUUAG